CUACAGACUACCUCCGACUUCAAAUAUUAUGUAUUUAUGUUUGUUUAGUGAUUAUGGCCGCCUUAACAAAUCCACUAUCAAAUCACAUAAUAUUUGUAUUGGUUAUCCAAAAUCCAAAUAAAUCGUGAAUCGGCCAUCAUGAUUAUUUCGCGGCGAUAAGUUUCUGGCGGUGAAUGCUUUAGGUUUUCGACACAAAUCCAUUGAAAUUAGACUUUACAAACGCAAACCAAUAAUCCAUUCAACAGUACACGUCUGGUUCAUGACCAGUCCAGUUUUAUCGUGAAUAAGUUAAACGAUGGACAAUAAUCAUACGGCCAUGGAUGACAAAAUCGAACUCAAAACCGAGCAUUCGUUCCCGGCCAAGACUGAACAAACAGACGAUAAGGUAACUUUGCCGUUGACCAGCGACGAGACACUGAGUCUAACAAACAAUGGUAAUUGUAUACUAUUGAACUGUGAACAGUUGUCAGUCAACUCGGCCAGUGAAUUCAAUAACAUCAAUCAUUCCAAUAUACAACAGCCCUCCAAAGAUAAAAUAGUUACAAGCUCUCAGUAUCUUACUGCCCAAUCUACUGGUACAGACAUCACUGAAAGAUCAUGGAAUCCUCAUAUAAUUACACCUCCUACAUUGUUCCAAACAAAUUCUGAAAUUGUAUUACACGGUCCUUUCAAAGAAGUCCAUGGUUCAACAUCUGAAAGCACUGUAAUUGAUUCUGAUAGAGACAUCAAACUGCUUACAGAAGAUAAGGAAAAAUCAGUUGGCAAUUUAUAUCCUGAAUAUGAUUACAUAUUUUGUAUUGCAUCUAUCAGUAGGACAACACCAAAUAGUUCUAAAUUGCUUGCGAUAUCAAAAAUUGAUUCAAACAUUAAAGUUGAUAUAAAGUCCGAUAUAUCUUCUCUUAAUGGUUAUGCUGCUGAUCAUUCUAGCUCGUCAAACUCAACUUGUGGGCAUUUAGUUGAAGAACCAUUUUUAGUACCAAAAGUUCCACGAGAUUCAUUUAUGUCAUCUUCAGCAUCAUCAUUUAGUGGUUCAUCAACUGGAAUACUUUUACAGCAAUCAAAAUCUAAACAUAACAAUAUUUUACUGUCAAAAAAUGUAUACACAUAUCCAGAAAAUUUAGCUUGUCACAAGUGUGACCAUGUUUAUCCACGAGUAACAGAAAACUAUAUUACUAGCAAUAUGGACAAUAAUGACAUCAAAAGUGAACCACAAACUAAAACCCGYGCUGGAAAAUCAAGACAAAAAAAAAGACCCAAACAGAAUAAUGACAGUAGUACAAAAAAAAAUUUUAAAAAAACAAAAGAAAAUUCUGAAAAUGAGGAAAAUGAUGUUAAAAUAGAGGAACCUAAAUGUUAUGAUAUGCCAAUUGUUUCUGUUGAAAAUCCAACAAAUGUAGAAAAUAAAACAAAUAAUGAAAAUAAAAUCAAUGAUGACACUCCAACAAAUGAUCCAAUUAAAUUUAAUACGGGUGAUAAAAUUUUUGCAUAUUGGAUGGCAGAUAAAAUGUUUUACCCAGCUGUUAUAAUUGAUGUAGCAUUUCCAAAAUUUAAAGUAGAAUUUUUAUCUGACUACUAUAUAAAACUAUUAAAUUCCGAUUGUCUUGUUCAUAGUGCAGCUCUUAAAAUUGGGUCUCUUGUUGCAAUAUUUGAUACUGUUUCCCAAGAGUAUAGAGUUGGUGAAAUUGUUACUAUUAAUGAAGUGCCCAAUGGUGAAAAAACAUAUACAGUAGAUUUAAAUUCAGAGGUAGUUGUUGUUCCUUUUGAAAAACUAGUAUUAGAUAUGGAUAAAGCAAGAAACUUACAAGACAAAAUAGUAUUAAAAAAUUAUCACAGACUUAGCAUGUCUAAUGUGUCCGAAGGAAAAAGACUUCGUUUAUCUCGAUCAACUAGUACAAAAUGUAAAACUACAAAAAAUGAAUCUAGUAAACGUAAGAAAACUAAACAAGAUGCUCCAGAAACCAAUAAAAGAAAACGAAAAUGCCUAUUUCCUGAAGUACCUGAUCCCAGGUCCAUUCCUAGUACUAGCACAGGAAUUACUGGAGAAGAUGAUUAUGAUGAAGGAAACUUCCAAGCAGGUUCUUCAGAUUCAGACUUUGAUCACGUUAGAGAAGAUUUGACCAAUGUUAACUUGGCUCAAUUAAAAAACUCAGACAUUGAUAGCGAGCAUUCGUCUCCUGACAAAGUUAGUAGUGCAGCUGUGUCUCCAACUGCUAAACCCAUAAAAUUAUUUGAGAACUUACACUUCAUUGUCUCUUAUUCUAAAUAUAAACGGAUACCAAUGUCCAAUGACAGUGAUCAGGGCACUGAUAAUGAAAUUAACCAACAUUCACAUUAUUUUAAACCAGAUAAAAUCCAUAAAAAGUAUCUGGAAUCCCUAAUAUAUAAACAUGGUGGUUCUGUGCAUAGGUAUUUAAAUGUAUUACCAAAGUCAUGUUACAAGUGUGCAUACAUUAUUACUGAUACUCCUUCACAAACAUGUAAUUUUUUAUUGGGUUUGAGUCUUGGUAUACCAGCUUACCAUCAUAGAUGUAUUGAACAUGCCAUUUCUCAAAAAUUGUCAUUCAGCGAGUUCAUAUUAAAGAACGAUAUUAAACCAAUACCAAAUGGUUGGUCUGUGGAAAAGAAAGAAGUUAUCUUCCGUUCGCCUAAAACCGUACACUCGAACAUAUUUUCUGACUAUGUUGUCUAUGUAUGUUUAUCAGACGAACCCAAGAAUAGUUUUUUUUCCAGUUUGUUAAAAUUUUCUGGWGCCAUAGUGUACACCAUCACAAAAAAAGGGGCUGUAAGCCUGCCAUUAAUACGCCACAUGACCGUCAUUAUAACUGACGACCAAUGUCCUAGUUCAAUCAUGAAUGAAAAAAUUCCCAAGUUAUCAACUUUAUGGAUAGUUCAAAGUUUAAUUUGCGAAUCUCCUCGUCCUAUUGACGGUCACGAGAGUUAUAUUGCAAUAAGCGAUGCAGGCGAAUAAACUGAUACCUAACAGUUCAAAAUCGAUUGACGAUAAAAUGUAAUAUUUUAUGAUUAUAUAAAUGUUAAUAAAUUAUUUCCGAAUAACUUUAUUUAUUUUUGGCAAGUUG